AUGCUCUUUGAAAAGACUGAGAGCUGGAAGGUCUCAAUCCAGUCCGUCGAGAUCAUGGGUCUACAUCUCAAGCCAAGACACGAUGAUGGAGAUCUGAGCAUUGGUUUCGACGCUAAGACUCAACGGACAGUCUUUUGUAUAGGCCAUAAUUCUCUCACAGCUGGGGUGGCGGACCGCAGUGCUUCUAGGGUCGAGGGCAGAGUCAUACAGAAGGCACGCAAGCCGUCACGCUGGAUGAGAUGUGUCCGUGCUAUCGAGGACCACGGCGAAAACACUAUUACCAUUCGAGGCAAGGAUAGGGUCAAGCGGGUUGUGCAGGGAACUCAAGCAAAGCCUCUUGAUGUUGAGCUUGUUGAUGGACCCUCGGUCGAUGAAUGGGAAAUCGCUUUGGCUGAGGAUGAGAUUGCUCGGCUGGCAGAUGAGUUGGAGGGGUAUGACUACGUAGCAGAUCAGGGAAAAGCCGAGCAGUCUAGCAAGACGUCAGCUGCAUCCGAGGAUCCUACAGGCUCGCGCCGAGGAGAGGGACCGUUCGAUGCUCUGCUAGAUCGAGAGUGUUUCAAGGUUUCUGGCAUGGUGGCUGCUUGGAGUUCGGGAAAGGAAUUGCGUCAGUAUAGCAUGGAUGCAGCGAUUUGCGAAAGUAAACCAAUGUCCUUAAGGACCAUGCAUGGAUUUCCGACUAAACGAAGACCUCAAUUGCGUGAAGUGAGUGAUGCUAGCCAAGUUGAAGUCGACGAAUAG